AUGACUUCUUUGAAUGCACACUUCGGACCUUACAAUACACGACUGCAAGCUGGGAUCAUCAACAACAGCAAUUUCUAUGGCUUCGAACCUGAGGACAUACCAAAUGAAUGCUUAAAGUCUCUUGCGUUCAAAGCCAUGAACUCGAGGACCUUUCUCGGCGAAGGAAUUCAAGGUACUGGACAGUGGAUGCUCAACAACAAGGACUAUCUCUCCUGGCACAAUAGUGGUGGCGUACUCUGGGUACUGUGCCAGGAUCCACAGGCUCUUUCGGACUUCAUUGGAGCUAGCUGCUUUGCUGAACGCUGUCAGACUCAGGGCCGGCCAAACGAAGGCUGGGAAUGGCAUGAACGCGAGCUUCGAGAACAUGGUGAGACGGCCCUUCGCGCGCAGGCUCUCAAGGGCCGCAACGUGCUAAUCUACAUCGAUGGGCUGGAUGAGAGAGGAGAGAUGGACAACGUACGCCUGGUUAAAUUCUUCCAGACUCUGUCGACGUCAACAAAAUACGCCAUCAAAUGGUGCUUUUCUUCAAGGCUGCACAUACUCACAGGCGCAAAGAACGACUUUGCCAUCGAUGCCCACCUCCACAAUCGAAAGGACAUUGAGAUCUUUCUUGAUGAUCAGCUCAAGGUGGCCCUGUUGGAUCGGACCAACGGUGGGUUUCUCUGGAUCCACCAUUCCGCUGACAAGAUCGAGGAAAUGAUGCGCAAAGGCGAAAGUGCGGAAUACAUCCUUGCAGGAAUCGAGGUGCUUCCAGAAGAGUUGCAGGACAUCUACCAGGAUAUUCUUGACGGCAUAUGUACCGAAGUCGACAUCGCGCUACAGGUCUUUCAGUGGGUAACGCUCGCAUUCAGGCCUCUUCCGCUUGAGGACCUCAGCCGUGUUUUGUGUUUCACCGAAUCAAGCAAGCCAGAAUCACAGACGGCGGGGUUGUCGUGGUGCGUAGAUUCUACGACAUUCGAGGAGCGUGUCUUGAGAGUCACUCGUGGCCUUGUCAGGAAGCGCAGAGUAAUGCCAAUCAACCUCCGCCGGCAGGAAUUGAGGGUCACCAUCAUAGUGCCUGAAGGACGGAAUGAUGAAGAGGCUCGUCUGGCCGGAGCUUCACUACAGUCACAACUCUUACAGCAUGAACAAGCUCGCCAGUGGUCGUCCGCUUUUGUGUUGGACCACGAGUCAGUCUAUAAGUUCAUGGCGAGGAAAGGAUUGCAAUCUCUCGCCGCUAGAUGCAAGACACCCGCUGUCUCCAUCUCUGUCCCAGAAAUCCUCAUCUCAUUGGCAAAAAUAUGCUUGCGAUACCUCUUGACUCAGGAAGUUGCUGUCUUCGCAGACACGAGGAUGCGAGAGAUGGGAUACCUGGAUGACCGUGAGCCUUUUAUACAAACGGUCACAUACGCCGACCACCUGAAAGCCCCUCCAUUCGCCCUCUAUGCAGGGCAGGGUUGGAUACGGCAUGCAAAGGCGGCGGAGAAGGGCGGCGCCUCGGACGAUAGCAUGGUAUCUUUGUUCUGUCUACCCGGCAUCGUCGGCUGGCAGGAGAUAGAGCGGACGUCUACUCUAGCUGACGCAGGCGUCACUUCUUCGAACCAACUGAGUGUGAUCCACAGACUCGUGACGCUCGAGAUGCCCCGGACACUGGACGCCAUUCUUCAGCAGGAGGCGACAUGUGUGUCUGUUGAAAAGGCGGAAUGGCUGGCUCAUUGUCGGAGAAUGGUCAAUGCCAUAGACGGCCCAUCGCCUCCAAUAAUCCUCGCCUUAGAUUCUGGGAACGAGGCGGUACUUAGCGUGCUGCUUCGCCAUGACGCCAACGUCGAUCAUCGAAGCCCAGACGAUCGGACAACAGUGUUGCAUUUCCUUUCGAUAUGUGGGGGCGUUUCCCUAGCUAAAAGCCUGCGACUGCAACUAAAUAGCCACCUACACAAGAUCUGUACUGGGAACAGCCCUGUGUUGAAAGCCGGACGCGAAAAGGCGCUGAGACUCACAAGAAUGUUGUUGGCCAAAACCAAAGUUGGCGUGCACUCGGAAGAUCCGCCCCGAGAGCCUUGGCUGCGAGCUUCAUACGAGACGCCGCUAUUGAUUGCGUGGCGAUACGGAACUCCGGAAAUGGUCGAAUUGCUGUUGAGCGGGCCUGGAGUGGACGGACGCUUCAAGGACAAGGACGGUCUGUCGCUGAUGCAUCCUAUCUCAGAACCUAGCCACAAAGAUCCAUCCCAGAAACAUGAGGAGUCUUGCCCAGAGUCAACCGCCUCUUACCGUCAGAAAGCUCGCGUCAUGAUCAACAGUGGGAAGUUCGACUUAACGCUCAAGGCCCCAUACGAUGCAAUACUCUUCGCCUACGCUGUCGCUCAUGGAGCUCAAGACGUAGUCAGCAUUCUCUUGGAAUGUGCUGUCGUGGACGUGGAAGAGAGAGAUCACAUGGGGAACACCCCACUGGCGCGGGCAAUCCUUUCGGGUGCCGUAGGAGUAAUCGAGCUGCUCAUCAAAUCUAGGCGUGUCGAUCCGAAUGCAAAGAGCACGGGGGACAUCACUCCUCUCGCAUUAGCCUGCCACGCAGGCAGUUUGACAAUCGUCAAGCUGUUGCUCAGGGACGACAGGACCAACAGGGUCGAAGAAAUUCAUCUCAACCGUGGAUCAACGAUUGCAGCGAUGCUGGAUGGGCAUACGGAAGUGGUCAAAUGCAUGAUCGAAGCCCUCCCUUCAUCGACAGUGGCUUCAUUUGGUGGAGCCAAUGCGCUAUACUUCGGUUCACUGUUCACGAGGGUCAGGCGGGCCGAAGACAAUGAGGAAGACAUGCCGCUGGCCAUGCAAGCUAUGCGAGAGUAUCGCAACUUCCGUGGCCAAGCUGUCUGGGAGGAUGAGGCAGCUUGUGUUGAGCUGUUGAGACGUCACAAUUUACGGCACUAG